AUGGCCGGCGUGUGGCUGCUGUGGGUGUUACUUGGCCACGGGCUGGCGGUUGGGUGGUGUUUCCCGGACGACCCACCCAAAACCCACCCCAGACCGCUCGAGGCGCUUUUCCGGCCAGGUCCAAAGCGCCUGCCACCCGGCUCGGAACCGCAUCCCGAAGCUUCCCUACUGACCGGGCCAGUUCAGCAGCCCUUGGCGUUCCAGCAUAGGCGUGUGGAACCGGGUAGACCGUAUCGGUGGCAUGGGGCGGAUCAAAGUCCGGUGCCAGCGUUUCAGCGUGCCCUUCCGGCCAUCGACGUUGGUGGUGUCGUGGCCAGCGAGGACGACCUCACCAGUCACGAGGGACCUGCCCAACCGGACCUGCUCGAGUUUCCCCCACGCUCAGACCCGUCCGAUAUCGACAACGACGUUGGAGGCGACAACCCACUGCUACUGGCCGCCCUCGGUGCCAUCAACCGGCGCCGGGGAGUGGCCACCGGUGAGCCCGAACCCGGCAACCACGCGGUCGAGAGCAUCGAUCUGAUCCGGGAGCGGCUCGAACGCAUCAAGCAAGAGGAGGACAUCGAAAUCAAAUCGAAUCUGCUGAUGAAGCUGUUGACGGAAUUGCCCGAGGGACCGCUGCCGAUUGUCUACAUUGAGGAUGCGGCCGGUGGGGUGGGUGGUCCGUCCCCGGGCAGCCAGGCUCCAACCGGUGAUAGUGACGGCAACGAUAGCGACGGCGAGGACGACGACGCCGACGGUGACGCUGACGCACCGGAGGUGACGCAGCAGCUCACGCCCAACGGUGGAAAACGGUCCGGACGCUACUAUCGGCGUUAUCCGUGGAAGCGCCAGAAUGCACGCAGCCGCACGUACGACGCCGAAGCACGAUAUCUAUGUGUGCCGAGCCGUGACGACGUCUUCAAGCUGCUCGUUGGGCUUCACGAGAACCGGAUCGGGAACCACCAGAAGACGGUGAACUUUUGCAACCGGAAGCGCCCGGCAAAGGCCAUCUUCACAAACAUCCGCUUCCUGGGGUAAGGUGGGACCUGCUACUGUCCCAUUUUUUCCCGCCCGUUGACACGCGUGAUUUCCACGAAACCGCCGGUGAAACAGUUUCCCACUGUCUGCGCCGGGUCCGGGAAAAAAGGUUUUCCCGGUGGAAAGCCGGCGCGAGACGCGAGAUGAAUCCAUCAACUCUGGGGCGCCAAAAUGGAGUCGCCCCAUGCAAGCAAACACUAUUGUAUACAUACCCUAGAAGGUGGUGAAGAAGAAGAAGCAACAACAAAAAAAAACACGUAGAAAAAGCAGCAAAAAAAUCGCCAAAAAAGCAAGAUGAAACGAAUAAAAAAAAUAUUAAAAAUCAUCCUACAACAUACGCAUCCUCGGCAGAAGGCGCAUUCUUAUCGUAUUAAUCCCCAGCUGUCCCUGGUGUCAUUAGAUAAGGCUCAAACCAGCACAUAAACGAUUAUGCAUAAACGUUUUCGGUUAGUUUUUCGCUCUCCCCAACGUCACCCGAACCUGUUGUGUCGCUCGCCCUAAUUCACCCAAGCUGACCGAAGGGCUUACGUGGGCACAAUAGACACGGAACCGGCUGGUGGGUGGGUGAGAGCAGCAACAAAAGAAAAGCAAAAAUUAAAAGGGCUCAAACGGCAAACUAAACGAUCACACCGUACGAUAGGGCUCUGUAUGUAGGUGUAUUGUGUGCGUGUUCGUGUCCGAUCAGCAGGACUAGAGCAGGUCCUUCCACUGGCAGCAUUUUCUCCUUCUACUAGCGGUGGUUUUUGGAAGGUAAGCUCCCCGGCUCGGGGUUGUGCAUUAUGGUGUAAAGAAGUAACAAAGUAAAGGAGUAACACAAGCAAAAAAAAUAUAUAUAUACAUAUAUAUACACAUAAAUACACAUGAACGCCUUUCCCCCAAAAU